AUGGGAAGGUCAAGGUCAUCUGGAGGAGGUGAAGUGGCAACAGUGGAAGAGGUCUCUGUGGGCCCUGGGACUCUAGAAGCAUUUCUAGUCUUUCUAAUGCAUGGAAAAAAUUAUAUUGUUUUUCUGAAGGUUGUAAAGGUGGCAGAUUUUGGUGUUGCUCGGUUCCAAAAUCAAGGGGGAGAAAUGACAGCAGAGACUGGAACAUACAGAUGGAUGGCACCUGAGGUUAUAAACCAUCAACCAUAUGACCAGAAAGCUGAUGUUUUCAGUUUCUCUAUAGUACUCUGGGAGCUGACUACAGGCAAGGUCCCAUAUGAAACCAUGACCCCUUUACAAGCUGCCCUAGGAGUGAGACAGGGUCUUCGACCAGCUCUUCCUGAGAAAACACACCCUAAACCGUUGGACUUGAUGCAGAGGUGUUGGGAAGCAGUUCCCUCUAAACGGCCUUCCUUCUCAGAGAUAGUUGCUGAACUAGAAGAAUUUCUCCAAGAGAUUCAGGAAAGUUCAAGCAGCAAUUGAGCACCUGGAUCCACAAUCUUUCAAGCGGCCCAUCUCUGUAGAUCUGGUUGAGGGAGUUUUGUUUUUUCUUCAAUCCCCACCCCUAUUUUUCUUCAGUUUCCCUUUUCCCAUUUUGUCCUAUAGGUUUGUCACUUGAUUAUAGAGACUUAAAAAUAGAAAGAGGAAAAGCUAUGACAACAUGUAUCAUGGAUUGGCUUGUUUCAGCUGCUAGUGUCAUCUUGAUUAUCAUAUCCAGAGGUCCCCUGUAAAAUGCCUUUUUUGUAAUAUCUGUUUUAUUUUCCACAGAAAUAAAAGUGUAAACCUUCACUGAUCAGACCAGCAUGAAACACGUUUUGGUUGAAUAUAAAAUGGCGUCAUUCCAUUGAUUU